CUCUCUUUUCUUCUUUUUUUUCCGUUCAUCCCCGUCAUCUAAUCCUAUCUUUCUCUCCUCAUCCGCACUCUCCCGCCACAAUGGCUGUCUACGAUUCCUCGUCAAACUCAUACUACGACGAGUUCUCAAACAUGACCUACUCGCCCGCUGAGUGGAAAGCCAUCCAGCAGGAGGAGUUCGACGAGCGUGGACGCGAAUGGUCCCGCAAGUUCUACCUCUCCUACAACAUCAUCGUCGUCGCUUUCUUCCUCACCGCCGUCUUCGCCCACUUCUACAACAUCCAGUUCAAGAAGACCGUCCGCAGACAGGUCGGCGAGAAGACCCCCCUCAUCCCGACCUCCACCGGCGCCCCCAAGCCCCUCUCGGCCGCCGUCCGCUACUGGCGCAAGGCCACCUCGGUCCUCAUCUACCAGCCCGCUGGACGCUACGCCGAGUCCGUCGGCACGAUGACCAUCAUCGCCCUCUACCUCGGCCUCAACAUCCUCUACGUCUUUGUCCACGGCGGCGCCUCCUCCACGCAGAUCUUUGCCAACCGCACCGGUCUCAUCUCCAUCGUCAACAUGCCAAUCCUCUUCCUCCUCGGCUCCAAGACCGGUCUCUUGGUCGACUGGACCGGCUGGUCGCAUGAGGGCUACAUCAUCCUCCACAAGCACGUCGGCCGCGUCGUCACCAUCCUCGCCAUCAUCCACGUGUUUGCCUACUGCGCCGUCAUCCCUAUCUCGCAGCGUGUGCUUCUCAACAACGAGGCCAUCGUCGGCCUGAUUGCCACCACCUGCUUCGGCAUCAUCCUGGCCUCCUCGCUCGCUCCCCUGCGUGCUCGUCUGUAUGAGAUCUUCCUCUACCUCCACGUCUGGUUCCUCGUCCUUCCUUUGCCGUUCCUUUUCUUCCACUGGGUCCGCACCAAGCCUUAUGUCAUCACCUGCGCAGCCAUCUUUGCCUGGGACAGAUUCACUCGCUUCCGCAACGUCCACCACGUCGUCGGCACUUCCACCAACCUCUCUGGUGACACUGUCAAGCUUUGCAUGAACGUCAAGUCUUCCUUCUCUGAGAUCCACUGGACUACCGGACAGUACGUCUACAUCGCCAUCGCCAACCUUGCCCGCUGGCAGUACCACCCCUUCACCAUCGCCUCUCCUCCUGGCGCUGAUACCCUUGACCUUAUCAUUCGUGCUCGUAAGGGCUUCUCCCGGGCUCUCUUCAACUCCGAGGGUGAGCACUUGGUCGCUGUGCACGGCCCGUACGGAGCCAAGCACAACUUUGACGGCUGCCGCAAGGUUGUUUUGAUUGCCGGCGGCGCCGGUGUUUCGUACACCUACCCCGAGGCCAUCGAGAUCGUCCGCACCCACCGUGCGAUCGACGAGAUCCCGCCCGAGAUUGACUUCUUGUGGGUCGUUCCCGACAUGUCGUUCGCGACCUGGGCCGACCUCGACUCGGAGAAGUACGGCGUCAACUUCAAGUUGUGGUGCACAAAGGAGAAGGGCCGUCCCGAUAUCCGAUCGUACGUCCGCGAGAGCUUGAAGGAGUGCAUCGAGCAGUACGGCGGCGACAAGAGAAUCGCCGUUGCCGCUGCCGUCUGCGGUCCUGGCGCUGUCGUCCGCGAGACCCGCAACGCUUGCUCUGAUUUGUUGUGGGAGGAGUACAACGUUGACUUCCACGCUGAGUCCUUUGGCUGGUAAUCAGUCAAAGAUCAAAAAAAACUUGAAUAGAAGUUUCUGGUUUCUUUUAUAUCAUCAUUGUUUUUUUUUAUUUUCUCAUUUUUUUUAUUUAUAUUUAAUGUUGGUACGGUGUUUUUAGAUGUUGGGUCCUUUUUAUUACUUUUUAUUACAGCAUUUUAUUCUUCAACCACAGAAUUUCCUCUUUUUUUUUCUCUUUUCUUUUCUGAAAUGAUGCGAUGAUGCAUGAUGCAAUCAAUGUACAUUUCACUAUUCUACAAACUUGCAUUAUUCUAUUUCAUUACGUCGGUGGGUGUUUUCUUUAUUCAUUUACAUGGACACAGGGGUUUUUUUCCAUCUUUUUCUAUCUUUUUCUAU